CCCCGGCGGCUCGGAGCGCGCGCAGCGGCAGCCGCGUGGUGAGGGCGGCGGCGCCCGCGGGACGCACGACUGCCAGGAACUGCUGCCGCCACCGCCACCACCAACCCCCAUGGCCUACAUCCAGGGAGGGGGUGCCCCAGCCGUGGGGGCAGCCCCCAUGGGCUCCCAGUAUUGUGUGUGCAAGGUGGAGCUGUCGGUGAGCGGCCAGAACCUGCUGGACCGGGACGUCACCUCCAAGUCUGACCCCUUCUGUGUCCUCUUUACAGAGAGCAACGGCAGGUGGACCGAGUACGACAGGACAGAAACGGCCAUCAACAACCUCAGCCCCGCCUUCUCCAAGAAGUUCGUCCUCGACUACCACUUCGAGGAGGUGCAGAAGCUCAAGUUCGCCCUGUUCGACCAGGACAAGUCCAGCAUGCAGCUUGAUGAACACGACUUCCUGGGCCAGUUCUCCUGCAGCCUGGGCACGAUUGUCUCCAGCAAGAAGAUCACCCGGCCUCUGCUGCUGCUGAAUGACAAGCCAGCGGGGAAGGGCCUCAUCACGAUUGCCGCCCAGGAGCUGUCGGAUAACCGGGUCAUCACGCUGAGCCUGGCGGGCAGGAAGCUGGACAAGAAGGACCUCUUUGGGAAGUCAGACCCCUUCCUGGAGUUCUAUAAGCCCGGGGACGACGGCAAGUGGAUGCUGGUGCACAGGACUGAGGUGAUCAAGUACACGCUGGACCCCGUGUGGAAGCCCUUCACCGUGCCGCUGGUGUCGCUGUGUGAGGGGGACAUGGAGAAGCCCAUCCAGGUCACGUGCUACGACUAUGACAACGACGGGGGCCACGACUUCAUCGGCGAGUUCCAGACCUCGGUGUCACAGAUGUGCGAGGCUCGAGACGGCGUCCCGGUGGAGUUCGAAUGCAUCAACCCCAAGAAGCAGAGGAAGAAAAAGAACUACAGGAACUCAGGCAUCAUCAUCCUGCGCUCGUGCAAGAUACACCGGGACUACUCCUUCCUGGACUACAUCCUGGGCGGCUGCCAGCUCAUGUUCACUGUUGGAAUAGACUUCACAGCCUCCAAUGGAAACCCCCUUGACCCUUCCUCUUUGCACUACAUCAACCCCAUGGGCACUAACGAAUAUCUGUCGGCCAUCUGGGCUGUCGGGCAGAUCAUUCAGGACUAUGACAGCGAUAAGAUGUUCCCAGCUCUAGGAUUCGGGGCCCAGUUACCCCCAGACUGGAAGGUCUCCCAUGAGUUCGCCAUCAACUUCAACCCCACCAACCCCUUCUGCUCAGGCGUGGACGGCAUCGCCCAGGCAUACUCGGCCUGCCUACCCCACAUCCGCUUCUACGGUCCCACCAACUUCUCCCCCAUCGUCAACCACGUGGCACGGUUUGCAGCCCAGGCCACGCAGCAGCAGACGGCCACACAGUACUUCAUCCUGCUCAUCAUCACAGACGGUGUCAUCAGCGACAUGGAGGAGACGCGGCACGCCGUGGUGCAGGCUUCCAAGCUGCCCAUGUCCAUCAUCAUCGUGGGCGUGGGCAACGCGGACUUCGCUGCCAUGGAAUUCCUGGACGGGGACAGCCACCGGCUGCGCUCCCACACGGGGGAGGAGGCAGCCCGGGACAUUGUGCAGUUCGUGCCCUUUCGAGAAUUUCGCAACGCAGCAAAAGAGACUCUGGCCAAAGCUGUGCUGGCAGAGCUGCCCCAGCAAGUUGUGCAGUAUUUCAAGCAUAAAAACCUGCCCCCCACCAACUCGGAGCCCGCCUGAGCGCCAGCGCCCGGUAGCAGCAUGCGGCCGCCGAACCUCCCACCCCCCACCCCCCCCAGGAGCAUGCACUGGCCCUGCGACCUUGCGGGUGGCCUUUUAAAGCCCAUCCAUGGUUUCAUUUUUUACAACUGGACCUCCACCCCCAACUUCCCCAGCCCAGCUGGGCCUCCUUUGUUGGAGUCAACUGAUGACGCUUUCAGGCCAAACUGGCUUCCUUGCCUCCUCUCCCCACCCCUGCCAUUCUUUAAGUAUUGAAUGUACUUUGUAUAAUUUUAGUGCGGUUAUUAUUGUUAUUAAAGAUAAUAAAAUUUUUACAA